AUGGAUUCAUCUCUGCUGGAAGUUACACAGAUGUUUGAGUCAAUUGAAGACGAUUGGCCAGAGCUACUGAACCAGAACUUCAAUCCACUUCAAUUAGCUCUUAGGCUUCUAGACAACUCAUCAGUCGGUGAUGCUUACAAGUAUCCUAAGUUUCUAGCACUUAAACAGGAAUUUUCCGAGUCGCUGAAGAAGGCCGUCAAUACUCAUUAUAUGUCAUUUAAUGACAGUAUUGGAGCGUUUGGUAUUGCCGUUGAGAGUAUAGCGGAAUCUCAUGGAACCUUGAUGAAGAUCAAGGAUGAUUUGGAGAAUGUAGACGAGUUUGUAGGACAACGAGCAUCGUUUCUCACCGAACUCAAUUCCAAGCAGAGGAAAUACAGUGAUACCAUAGAAGUUUUGGAGAAUAUUGGAUAUAUAAGAGAGUCUUCAGAGAAGAUUGAUGAUGCCAUAUCAAGUCGUGACUUUGAUAUGGCUAAGAAAUUGAUUCUUGAGUCGUCCAAGAUUGCCAAUAAGUACGGUCUAUGGAAUAUAGCAACACUGAAUUCUGCACAAGUAUAUCUACAAGCUCAAAGUCAAACACUUUUCAACUCACUUAUCGAUGAAAUCAACGAUGUUAUCUACGUGAAGGGAGUAGGAGACUCUCCAGAGGCUUCUACAUUGCUUAAGAUCACCACUUCUGCAAUCGAGGAUGUGUCACGUGUUCUUGAGAAGCCCCUGGAAGAGUUUUUGGAGGAGUUAAAAGGUGGAAUAAGUGAAGGAUUUGCACCAGGUAGCGACACUCGGAGUUUUCACUCUCUUCGUAGAUAUCUAGCGUUAUUGGCCGAACUAGAUGGAGAACAGGAUGCUUUGAAGCUGCUCGUACAACGUUGUGGUACAGAAUUGAGACGUUUGGCUCGUCGUACCGCUGAAGAGGUUAAGAACAGAUACCCAGAUCAUACCGCAUAUACUGGCAGUACUGGCAGUAUAUCUGCUUCUGGUAGUACGGUGGCCUCUUCAACCACCGUGGGAGCAUCCAAUUCUGCCGCUAACUCUGUCGAAGAUAUUCUGGGAUUCAGUAACAUGGCAACGUUUCAGGGCAUUAAUACUGCGAUGGUGUCAGACUUCUUCACGAGUCUUUUCCGUCGUUGUAUCAGCGUUCUUCAGCUCCACAGAGCCAUUUUUAUCAUUGCAGAAUCAAGAGGUCUUGUGUACGAUUUCCAUGAAGUUUGGAAACAACUCCAGGCACAAUUAGGGUCAGCUAUCUACAGUUAUAUUGUUGAUGAAGACCUUUUGGAGAGUGUAGAACGUCAGCAAGACAAUGGAAGAGACCCCCAGAGUCUUUUUAUCAAGUCUCCUAAGGAUUUCUACUCCGGAGACACUAGUGCUAUCUUUCAGCUUGCUCAGUUCAGUUUAUCUGAUGACCCUAAUCAAUCUUCAUCACGUGAAUUACAGUCUGUUCUUCAAGAUAUGUUUCCUGGACAGUUUAGAGGACCUGAUUCUGCCAAUGAUGGAUCAUUGUUUAUUGAAGAUGACAGUGAUGAGCUGUUCCAUCUCAAGAAAACUGUGCUUGUUCCUCCGGGAAUCUUCAAUAUGACUGCCAUCACUGACAGUUUCUUGCUUUUUGUAGGUAGCGCUUCACUGAUAUUUCCCUCGGAUGAACAUCAUGUUCCUAUACUGUUCUUCACUCACUUCAUGGAUUACGUGUUCCGCACACAGCUUGAAAAUACAUUGCUGUACCAGUUCGACAGGAUUGCUGUUACCACUGGUAGUGAUUAUGCUACAUCGAUGAAACAGUUCUUCAGUAGUAUCUUGACUGUAUUGGAUACCUCUUCAUACUAUAGGGAACCAUAUGCAGAGAUUGUUAUUAAACUUCUUGACAAGAUGGUAAGUAAAUACCAGUCGAUUAUCAAUGAGAUUGUACCACCGGAGUUCUUAAGGAAGGUGAAGACCAGACUUAUUGCCAGUUGGUUUGGAAAUCAAGAUUUAUUAACUGUAUCCAAGCAGUUGCUUAAUGAUGGAAAUGACAAUGGGGAAGCCUUAAGUCUCAAAGAGCUUCAGUUGUGUCUAAAGCACGGUAAAAAUACAUUCGGUAUGAUCAAAGAGCAUGAUUUUUUGGACUUCAAUCGAUUCAUUGCCUUUAGUGAAGUUCUACAUGGGCUUUUGGAAACAUUAAAAUGGCUUCCUGGAUAUAAAAGAGAGGUGAAAUUGUUGAAUAGUGAUGGUGAAAGUAUCAGCUUUCUUAAGAAAACGUGGCAUAUCAUGGAUAGUGAUGUUACUACGUUGCAUUGUGGCACUAAUGGAGAGUUGGAGUCCACUACUCACCCAUAUUUGGCACUUCAUGGGAAAUCUGUUGAGAAAUUCAAUACUGUUGUGAGUUCUUUACAGGAAAUGUCGAUGAAAAUCAAGUUGUAUAUCAGAUACGACUUACGCAUCAAGUCGAUCUGGUGUGUUUGCAGGAUGUUUUCGAAAGAAUCAUGGAUGCCAGAAUAUGAGACGGAGGGAAUCGAUGCUGAUGUUCUUGCUUUCAAUGGCAGUGUGAUGGAAACGAACCGUCUACUUCAGCAAAUGAUGCCUGAUAAAGACAGAAUGCAAAUAUUUAUGAAACUGCCAAACCUAUUGGAUCACUUACUUGUUUCGGAGUCUAGUAGAAUCAUCAAAAUUAACUCGAACGGGAUCUACAGGGUGUUCGUCAAUGUGCGAGUUCUUCAACAAAUGUUGAGGAACGUGUUGGAUCCAAAGGAAGUUGACUUCAGUAGAUCUCUGGGUUACUAUGAACUAUUCAAGAGUACGGAUAAGGGUAUCUUGGAGUCUAUUUCCAAGGCUAAAGAGACAGGAUUGUAUACGGAAGAUGACUACAAAAACAUGAUUCGUCUGGUAUUCAGUGAAUCGAUAACUAAAGAUAUGAAGGUGCAGAGAACCUCCUCAUACAGUGCAUCUAAAAGAUAUACGGAUACGGUCAAGAAGCUCAAGACGGUGAUAGGAUGA